GCGGACUCAGUCCACAGGGGAAAGGAAAAUGAGAGGUUUAGCAACAGGAAAACCGCUAUGAGAACAUUCCAGGCAGAGCAGAGUUGAGUUGAGCGGGACAAUGAGGGGUGGGACAAAACUGUACACUAAGUAAAAAAAAAAAAAAAAAAAAAGUAAUCUUGCCUUUUGAUCACGGUCAGACAUCAACAAAAGGCCUCCCUUCAUGGGACAGAAUUUGUUUGAGCAGCCCUCACAGGGUGGAAGCAGUCUGGUUUUGGGCCGCUCGUCGGUGCGCCACUGUAGAUUUGGAACGAGAUCCGAGAUGAGAUAAUCUCACACGACGGCGACUUCGAUAAUUUUACACUUCUACCGUGUUUAUGGACCAUUUCAAAAAAACUGCAGCUUUUGGAGGACCACUUUGUCCACAAGCAAGGAUGCGGGUUCUCUUUGGAUCAAAUAUCUUCAAUUGAUCUUUUCGCGGAGGAAGGAAAGUCGCGAAAGUCAUGGACGCGUUUGUCUUGUAAACGGGGCACACUUGAAGUGGACAUGGGAGACGUGCGGUGUUCACACGCAUCACGUUAAAAGGAAUACUGAUAACAGUGAUGGAAGGCUCUCUUGGCUUUACAGUGGUACUAGUUGGACUGUUGCUGUUAAAGUCUGCGUGCUAUACAGAUUCAAAGGAUGAUGGGAAGCUGCUGUGUACAUGCGAGAAUGACAAAGGCACGUGCGUGAACGACACAUGCAGGGGGGACAUCUGCUUCUACACGUGGGUGUACGGCCAUGAGGAGAAGGGAUGCUUCUUUAACCACAACUACAGAGAGCAGUGCUUCACGUCCUUUGAACGCUUCCACGUCUACUGCUGCAAAGAGAACCAAUGCAAUGCCAUUGCAACGCCGCCUCCAAACAUCAAUGGCGAAACGACCACAAAAGCGCCGCAGCAAACCCACCCAGAGUUGUGGAUUACUGCGGCUCUGCUGCUCUUAUUCAUGGUUGUCAGUUUGUGCGGCCUGCUGAUCUUCCUGCGCUUCCGGCGUGUGCACUUCCGCCUUAAAAAUGCCGAUGACCAUGAUGUCACCAUGUCCAAAGUCCCGGACGGAGAAGACCCCACUUAUGGUCGUAUAUUUGAUGAGUUCUGUACGUCAGGGAGUGGGACCGGGCUUCCCUAUCUGGUCCAAAGGACGAUGGCCAGGCAGAUUUCUCUUGUCGAAUGUGUUGGUAAAGGCAGGUAUGGGGAGGUGUGGAGGGGAACUUGGAUGGGGGAGCGUGUAGCAGUCAAGAUCUUUUCCUCGAGAGACGAGCAGUCUUGGUUCAGAGAGACCGAGAUCUACAAUACUGUGCAGCUUAGGCACGACAACAUUCUGGGUACUGCGCUACAUUUCAUACCAGCAGAUGUGGAGCAUCAGGGAAAAGGCCAAUUCUAUAAACAGCUGUCUUCUAUUCCCACUUCAGGUUUCAUAGCCUCUGAUAUGACGUCCAAGAAUUCCAGCACGCAGCUGUGGCUCAUCACCCAUUUUCACGAGCUGGGUUCACUCUACGACUUCCUGCAGUACAGCAGGUUAGAGCCUGAGAGCUGCCUGAAGAUGUGUCUGUCUGUGGCCUGUGGCCUGGUCCACCUCCACACCGAGAUCGUGAGCUCCCAAGGCAAACCUGCCAUCGGCCACCGGGAUCUGAAAAGCAGAAAUAUCCUGGUGAAGAGGAACGGGCAGUGCUGCAUCGCUGACCUUGGUCUGGCUGUGAUUCACUCUCAGUCCAGUGACUAUCUGGAUAUGGGCCACAACCCUCGUGUGGGGACCAAACGCUAUAUGGCGCCUGAGGUGCUGGAUGAAAGCAUACGAAUGGAUGUCUUCGAAUCCUACAAACAAACAGACAUCUGGGCCCUGGCCUUGGUCUUCUGGGAAAUUUCACGCAGAACAAUCGUCAAUGGAAUUGUGGAAGAGUACCGUCCUCCCUUCUUUGACCUGGUGCCCUCCGAUCCCAGCUUUGAAGAGAUGAAGAAAGUGGUCUGUGUGGACCAGCAGAGGCCCAUCUUGCACAACCGCCUGCACUCCCACCCAAUAAUGUCAUCCAUAGUGAAGAUCAUGAAGGAGUGUUGGUACCAGAACCCACCAGCCCGCCUCACAGCUUUGCGAGUGAAGAAGACCCUCUCCAAACUAGACCCUGACAGUGACUUCACCGUCAAGAAACUCAAACAGGACAUCUGGACUCCAGUCAGCCAGAAGCAGACUGAAGAAGCUUGAAGUGAUUUCGUGCCACAUUCCCCCCAGCAUGGUGGUGAAUAUCAAGAGCAUAUAUUAAGAUAAUGACUCACACACGUACUCACUCCACUUUAGUCUAACAAUAUCAUUUUCAGCAGUAGUGUUAAAAUGUUUUGCACUGUGGGCUAUUUGUCUUCCCCCUGACCAAAGUUCCCAAAAUUCCUGAGAACAGACACAGAAAGAGAUUUAAGAAUAAGAAUUAUUAUGCUCAACCUAGCACAACGCCUGUUCUAUAAGCACCUUUUGACUUUUUUUUAGCAGCACAGACACUUGAGUAUGUAGUUAUGUAUAUACUGUAUACGGAACACAAUUGAUUAUAAAGUAUUGUUCUAGAUUUCUUUUCUUGAAACAAAUUACCAUUUACAUAUGUUUUAUUAUAUAUUUUGAAUAAAACCGUAUUUUUCA